AUGGCGUCCGGAACAACUGACCAGUCACUCUCCUAUGACGAGGAAGCACAACUACAUCACCGCAUCAAUAAUGACAAAGACCUUGAGCCUGGAAGUACUCCCGAGAACAUGCCUCCAAAUAAUCCAGCACCCGAUGGUGGGAUCCGCGCUUGGUUCGUCGCCGGCGGCGCUGCAUCGAUCUUCUUGUGCACUCUCGGCCUCGCAAACUCGUUUGGCACAUUCGAACAGUACUACCUGAGUCAUCAACUGAAGGGGGAUUCGGCGUCCAAGGUAGCCUGGACUGGGUCACUGCAGUCCUUUCUGCAGUUCUUUGCCGGUAUGCUUGGCGGUCCGCUGUUCGACCGCUACGGCUCCAUGGUCAUCUACCCUUCGUCGGUGGCGUACGUGUUCGCUCUCAUGAUGCUGAGUUUGUGCAAAACAUACUGGGAGACAAUGUUGGUGCAGGGCGUCCUGAUGGGCAUCGUCAUGGGUUUCUUGCAGAUCCCAGCGUUCGCUGCCGUGUCGCAGUAUUUUGACAAGAAACGCGCAGCUGCCUUGGGUCUUGCCGUGUCCGGUUCGUCGAUCGGAGGGAUCAUCCUACCGAUCAUUCUGUCCAAGAUGCUCAACGACUCUUCGCUCGGCUUUGCAUGGACGGUGCGCAUCGUGGGCUUCAUCAUUCUGCCGUUCAUGGCGUUUGCGAGCUUAGCCGUCAAGCCUCGCCUGCCGCCUCGGAAGACUCGACUCUUCCUCCUAUCGCCCUACAAAAAUACACGUUUCAUCAUGCUCCUCAUCGCCCUGUUCUUCAUGUUCUUCGGCAUGUUCACUCCCUUCUUCUACCUCACGACAUACGCCACCACACGAGGCAUGAACGUUGCGCUGGCCGGGUACCUCCUCGCCAUCGUCAACGCAACCUCGACCCUCGGCCGGAUCAUCCCCGGGAUUCUCGCAGACAAGUACGGCCGCCUCAACACCUUCGCCAUCGGCGGCAUCGCCACGGGAAUCAUCGUUUUUUGUAUGACCUCCGCAACCACAAACGCCGGCCUGAUCGUCUACGCCGUCUUCUUUGGUUUUACGUCAGGCACAAUCAUCUCCGGCGCGUCGGCGGCGUUUGCGACCUGCCCCAAAAACCCGCAGGAGGUCGGCACCUAUAUGGGUAUGGGUAUGGCUGUGGCUGGCCUGGGGGCGCUGAUCGGGCCUCCCAUUAACGGGGCUAUCUUCGAUGCAUCGGGAGGGUUCUUUCAGGUUUGUAUGUUUAGCGGUGCCAUGGCGGUUGUUGGGGGAUUCGUCGCGUUUGCAGGCAAGUCUUUGACCAACGAGGGGCUUCUGGGGUGGGUUUGA